AUGGAUCAGCCUCCAAAUACAACAUUACCAGAGAUAAACAUGCUAAAUCAAGAUGACUGGGAUUUCCUAUCUAAACCGCCGGCAGCUACAGACAGAGAAGAGCAACAGCAGCAGCCAUCCAAAGAUACCCAGCCAUCAUCCACAUCAGACUCUGAAUCCAGAACCACAGGGCUCACUCGAGCACUUUCAUUACCAAGGCAGCUCAACAAGACGGCCGAUAACAGCACCAACGACAAAGAUGACAGCAUACGUACAGAAGUAAUCAACAUUGCCACCGCAAAUCCAUCUCACUUAUUUUGGGUGCCUGCUUCUCAACAUCCUGAAAUUGCACCAGCAGAAUUUGAAAAGUAUGUGGAUGCGCAUGGUUUGAUGAUACGGAAGAAAAGCGUUAAACGUAGACAAUCUGUGUUGUCUGUGUAUUUUACCGCAAGUGAUCAACAGAAAUUAAUGGAGGAAUGUGAUACAGCAGAAGCUGAGAAGGAUCGACAAGCAGCUCUAAGUGCGCUGGAGAGCAAACACCACACACACAAGGAGUCGAGCGAGUCAUCAGAAGAAGAGGACACGAAAAAGCGAAAGAUGAUGCUGCGUAGAAGUGUGAGUCUGCACUUGCCAACCACAGGAGAAUAUUAUAGAAAUGUGCCUGAUUUGCUGGUCUUUGAUAGAAAUUCAUCGCCCUUGGAUGAAUCAAGAGCAUUAGUGCCCAAAGGAGAUCGACCUUUGCUAAGAAGAGGAGCUCGCACUAACUUUAAACGCAAUUCAUCACUGACUGCACCACAACGAAAUCGAAAAAGUGAAUUGGAUAGUAUAAAUUCUUUGAGACGCUUGGAUGAGAAUAGCAGCGACAACAGCAGUAUUGUACGCUCCACUUCAGCUGAAGGGAUCGCACUGUCUGAUGCGCUUGGCGAAGAGACAACAAUCAGUGGAGGAACUGCGGUGCUGAUGGAGGAGCCUUCGCCUAUGCUUUUACCUGUAGCAGAGAAUGAGGAAGCGAGAGAUUUAUGCAUAGCCACGAGAGAGGAGCCAUCACUUGCAGCACCUUCACCACCUGCACCUGUAGUUAUGGCUAGAUCCGUUUCAACAUCUACCACAUCGACUAGUCAGAGCCGAAAAAGCGCAUGGUCAUGGGCAUUCUGGUCUGACGAGAAAUCGUCUAAAAAGAACAAGAUUGGCCCCAAUGCUACUGCUGCUGCCAACACGAUGAAUACGAGUACAGCUACAGCAAGCCUAGCUACCACAGAGGACAGUAAAGCGGCGGAUGCUACUACCACUGCUCUUACAAUAACAACUGGCAGCAGCAAUAACAAACGAUUCACACUCUCUUCAUUAUUCUCGAGAAAAUCAAAAUCCAACAACCAAAGCAGCGCUUCAUAUACCACCAAUUUUGAUUUGUUCCUGGAUGAACAAAAGAAACCGCCCAAAGAUUUCCAGCUGAACCGCAUGCACAUGACUCGACUACCACUUCAUGUAGAGAGAGCCAUUUACAAACUAUCGCAUGUCAAGCUAGCAAAUCCCAGAAGACCAUUGCAUGAACAAGUGCUGAUUUCAAACCAGAUGUUUUGGUAUCUAUCCGUGAUUGCUACCAAUGCUCCACAUCCAGCAUCAGCAGCAGCGCCCUCAGCGUACGACAUGUCAUUAGAAGAACAAACGCAAAAGAAAGCACCUAGAAAAAGACUAGUCAAAAAGCAGAAUCAAAGACCUGUAUCAGCGCCUCAACAACCGCACCAACAUCUUCCACAUCAGUAUCGACAACAACAAUCCAACAAAAAACGAACAAGCAGCCAUACGGUCAACAGCAAUCCAAAGGGAACUACGCCCAUGUUCAUGGCAAAUCCUCGUACUGCCACGAAUGAAUCCACUGGAUUUGUUGUGCCUGAAAACUAUCUGAAUCCCAAGCAGCAGCAGCAGCAGCAGCAGCAGCAGCAACAGCAAAAAAAGAGACCGACAUUGGGAAACAACACGACUAAAAAAGUACCAUUGUACCAUAAGCAACAGCAAGGCAGUGAUAGUUCUUCGUCGGAUGAGGAUGAUAGCAAUGAUGCGGAUAGUGAUGAUGAUGAUGAUGAGCAUGGACAAGAUUCAAUAGCUGAAAAGAUUGCUAUAUCACAUAGUGAAAAGGAGGAUGAACUACCGCUUGCCAUGUACAAGUCAAAUGGUUAUAGUAACAAGAAAAUAAAAUAA